CGGGUCCCCGCGGUUACCCAUCCCCGCGGUAUAAAUUUCCAUCUCUAAACCGAACCGAUCCGAACCCAUCUUAAACACUUCUGAGUCUCCACAACCAAACCUUCUCCCACCGAAGCCUGAGACAUGGACGACGAAGGAAGGAGUUGAAUCAGAGCUCUAUGGGAUGAAUCUUUCGCUGUCUUCGUCGGCUUCUUCAUCCGCUUCCUUGACAUCUUCAUCUUCUUCUUCUUCUUCCUCGUCUUCUUCGACCGGUUCUUGGCUCUCUGGCAUCGUUCGCGGCCGGUCAGACCGGCCUGGUACCGUUAAGAUGGCUAGCAACUCUGCUGGCUCUGGUUCUGGAGACUUUUCUGGUCCGGUCGUGCGGAAGAAUCAGUACCGUGGAGUUUUGUUCAAGUAUGGCUCCAAGCCUAUGCAGGUUGCAUUUAAAACAGGUGAUUACAAGCAGCAAGUAAUAUUUAUUGGUGGGCUAACUGAUGGUUUUCUUGCAACAGAAUAUUUAGAACCUCUUGCAAUUGCAUUGGAUAGAGAGAAAUGGUCACUUGUUCAAUUUCUCAUGUCAUCAUCGUAUUCUGGAUUUGGCAUCUCCAGCUUGCAACAGGACGCUAUGGAGGUUGAUCAACUAAUAAGUCAUCUUAUAAACAAAGAAGACUCCGAGGGUGUUGUUCUACUUGGUCAUAGUACUGGCUGCCAGGAUAUUGUGCAUUACAUGGGGACAAAUGCUGCAUGCUCUCGAGCUGUCCGUGCUGCCAUUUUGCAGGCCCCAGUAAGUGAUCGAGAAUACAGAGCAACUCUCCCAGAAACAGCUGGUAUGAUUGACUUGGCUUCGUCCAUGAUAAGGGAAGGCCGUGGUUCAGAACUAAUGCCUAGGGAAGCAGAUCCAACUGCCCCAAUAACUGCCAUUAGGUAUCACUCCCUGUGCUCAUACAUGGGAGAUGAUGACAUGUUCAGUUCGGACCUUAGUGAUGACCAACUGAGAAUGAGACUUGGACACAUGUCUAACACACCUUGCCAGGUAAUAUUUUCGAUGGCAGACGAGUAUGUGCCAGACUACGUGGACAAAAAGGCAUUGGUGGAAAGAUUGUGCAAAGCAAUGGGGGGAGCAGAAAAAGUUGAAGUGGAAUAUGGAAAUCACUCCCUCUCAAACAGAGUAGAUGAAGCUGUCAAAGCAAUCAUUGACUUUGUUAAGAGAGAUGGCCCCAAGGGUUGGGAUGAUCCCUGGAAUUAGUUUUUAGCUUUGGUUUGGUAAUGUAAUACUAAUGCCCUUGCUGUAACUUUCCACUAUUCUCUUUUUACUGCUUUUGAUUUGUUAUCUUAUUGUUUUAAACGUUUUGCCUAAUUCAAUUGUGCAGAUUUUUUUUGUCCUA